UUAGAGAAGGAAAACAAGAAAAAAAAUAUUCUAAACCAAUGAACUGCAAACAUAGUACAGGAAAUGACCAGAGACUGCAGACAUAGUACAGGAAAUGACCAGAGACUGCAGACAGUACAGGGGAUGACCAGAGACUGCGGACACAGUACAGGGGAUGACCAGAGACUGCGGACACAGUACAGGGGAUGACCAGAGACUGCGGACACAGUACAGGGGAUGACCAGAGACUGCGGACACAGUACAGGGGAUAACCAGAGACUGCGGACACAGUACAGGAGAUGGCCAGAGACUAUGGACACAGUACAGGAGAUGGCCAGAGACUAUGGACACAGUACAGGAGAUGACCAGAGACUAUGGACACAGUACAGGAGAUGACCAGAG